AUGUCUGUUCAGGCUGGAGAUGCCCUGAACAAGACGAUGGGCAUACUAACGCAGCUUUGGGGUAGCAAGAACAUCUUCAGAAGACGAGAUGGAACCAUUGACAGUUUGACUUUACGUUGCGGCGGCAGACUGGCCAUGAGUGCAUCCUAUGACUGCUACUGGUGGUGGCGAUGGGAAUUUGCUGGUCAAGCGUACCCGUACGACGAAGAGAACGGUGCUGAUAUCAGCAACUCGCAACACUUGGAUCCGAGGGUGCGAUCCGCCGAUCGCACCGGAGUCGCUGGGUCCAACAGGCCGGUUUCGCCUAUACCUAAGGCAAAUGAUACCAUUUCCUUUGCUAACUCAGGCGGAACAGACUGGUUCAAUCCCACUGCAACGUUCCUCGAGGACUACUGGCUAGAAGAACCCGACCUCCAGAUCCUUGACUGGGCUCCGCCGCUCGUCAAUGGGCCCUUACUUCCGGCAAACGGAGCAGCAUUGAAUGAGCACGUGGUUGAUGCAUGGCACCCUAGUAACCCACAGGUUUGA